GGGCCUCAUGUUUGCACGUCUGAGUGUCCGGCCUCCCUUGCAGGCUGCUUUGCCCGGGUGUGUGGAGUCACAGGGAGGGGCUGAGUCUUGCACGUAGGGGCAGCAGAAGCGCAUUCCGUGCAAGUGAGGCCCUGUCACACUAACUUGUGGCACUUCCGUAGGGAACAUGUCUUUUUUUCCUCCUAAGUGGAAGGAUCCCUGAUACAGGAAGAGACUCCGGGACCAUGGCGCAGGGUUUGUCUACGGAUCUUGAGCAUCUGAAACUGCCCUGCGAAUCUAAGCACCGCCCGCUGCGCCCUCGCCCUUUGAAGCGAUGUCUGUGGCUUACGAUGAUUCCGUUGGAGUAGAGGUGUCCAGCGACAGCUUCUGGGAGGUCGGGAACUACAAGAGGACCGUCAAGCGGAUCGAUGACGGCCACCGCCUGUGCAGCGACCUCAUGAACUGCCUGCACGAGCGGGCGCGCAUCGAGAAGGCGUACGCGCAACAGCUCACCGAGUGGGCCCGGCGCUGGAGGCAGCUUGUGGACAAGGGGCCUCAGUACGGGACGGUGGAGAAGGCCUGGGUGGCCGUCAUGUCCGAGGCGGAGAAGGUGAGCGAGCUGCACCUGGAGGUGAAGGCCUCGCUGAUGAACGAGGAUUUCGAGAAGAUCAAGAACUGGCAGAAGGAGGCCUUUCACAAGCAGAUGAUGGGAGGCUUUAAGGAGACCAAAGAAGCCGAAGAUGGCUUUCGGAAGGCGCAGAAGCCCUGGGCCAAGAAGCUGAAAGAGGUAGAAGCAGCCAAGAAAGCCUACCACGCAGCGUGCAAAGAGGAGAAGCUGGCAAUAUCGCGAGAAACCAAUAGCAAAGCGGAUCCAUCCCUCAACCCCGAACAGCUGAAGAAAUUGCAAGACAAAGUAGAAAAAUGCAAGCAAGACGUCCUUAAGACCAAAGAGAAGUACGAGAAGUCUCUGAAGGAGCUGAGCCAGGGCACACCGCAGUACAUGGAGAGCAUGGAGCAGGUGUUUGAGCAGUGCCAGCAGUUCGAGGAGAAGCGCCUGCACUUCUUCCGGGAAGUCCUGCUGGAGGUUCAGAAGCACCUAGACCUGUCAAAUGUGGCCGCCUACAAAAACAUUUACCAUGACCUGGAGCAGAGCAUCAAAGCUGCCGACGCGGUGGAGGACCUGAGGUGGUUCAGAGCCAACCAUGGGCCAGGCAUGUCCAUGAACUGGCCGCAGUUUGAGGAGUGGUCCGCAGACCUUAACCGAACUCUCAGCCGGAGAGAGAAGAAGAAGACCGCCGAUGGUGUCACGCUGACCGGCAUCAACCAGACGGGCGACCAGGCUCUGCAGAACAAGCCCAGCAGUGACCUUAGUGUCCCGGGCAACCCCGCACGGUCAGCGCAGUCACUGUCCAGCUACAACCCCUUCGAGGAUGAGGACGACACGGGGAGCACCGUCAGUGAGAAGGAGGACGUUAAGGCCAAAAAUGUGAGCAGCUACGAGAAGACCCAGAGCUACCCCACGGACUGGUCAGACGAUGAGUCCAACAACCCGUUCUCCUCCACCGACGCCAAUGGGGACUCAAAUCCGUUUGACGAGGACGCCACCUCGGGGACAGAAGUGCGGGUCCGGGCCCUUUACGACUACGAAGGGCAGGAGCACGAUGAGCUGAGCUUCAAGGCCGGGGACGAGCUGACCAAGAUAGAGGACGAGGAUGAGCAGGGCUGGUGCAAGGGGCGCUUGGACAACGGGCAGGUUGGCCUGUACCCAGCGAAUUACGUCGAGGCCAUCCCGUGACAGGCCAGUGGGCUGGCUGGCAGAGGGAUGGAGGCGGAGGUCCCAGGAGCUCUGUUAGCCAUAGGCCCCGGGCAGCGGCGCCUCCGGCCAGCCGUGGGGGCAUCCACUCCUUUUCCUGCAAAAGAUGAUGGUUCCAUUGCUCUUGGCUCCAUAGUGUCUCUUGAAGGCAGACGAGCGGGUCCUUUCAGCUGGGACUCGGUGCAGAUGGAGAGAUCUGAGCACAGGAAGAAAGACAGCACAGCAGACAUGGCUGGGCCCCUCCCCUGCCCCCGCUCCCCCGUGCCGUGUGCUGGCUUAUCAUGGAUCUGUAUGUUCUUGACCUUGUCCUUCCACCUCUCUUCCCAGCCAGCGGCGGGCUACACUGAUUCUGGUUGCACCAGUUACUUUUUCUGACAAGUCCCAUCACCUGCAACUUAAAUGAACAAAUUUACAUGCCGUUUUCUGAAUGAAGACUUGGAGGUUUUUAAUUUAAAGGCUGUGUACAGUUAUAGUUUUUUAUGUACCUGUUCUUCCAUUCAUUUAUCCUUAAAUUAUGGCACAGAUCGAUGUACACGAGUCUUGAGGAAACAGCUCUAUUUCCAUGUUGUACUGUCAACCAGCCGUGCCACUGCCUGGGGCGAGCUGCAAGGGCUGGGAGCUCGCUCGGACAGACGAUGUUUAGGCCAGAGUGCAGCGGGAAGGCCGGAACACAUGGCUGGGUUUCUGUUGCGAUGCUCUCCGCGUGUGGGGGGUCCAAAUGGCAUUUCCGGAAGUAACUUAGGUAGUGCUCGCUAAAGUCGCCGUAUUUAAAAACUAUUUUCACUCUUACUUGUGCUUAAUACUUUACUCUUACAAAUUAACGAUUUCAUCAGUGACUUGAAAGGUUAAAAAUAAAAAAUAAGACUAACUUUGCAAGCAAAUGCAUCUGUAGUUGAGAUGCUUUGUGUCAGGCUGUCGUGUCUUGGUGUAUAUCUGUACAUACUAUUUGAUAUUCAGAGAAUCUAAAGAGCUCGUCUACUGUGUUAAUGAGAUUUAACAGCUUUUGAGAGUGGGUUUAAUUUGUAAACUGCUUGAAGACCGUGCGUUCAGGCCCAGGCGCUCGGGCUCCAGGCCUCGGGGAAGCGGAGCCUGCUCUGGGGAGACCUGUCCUCACUGCCCAGCUGCGGGGCCAGCUUCCAAUAACCGCCUUAGUCCUCUCCGCGGCAAACACUGUACAAGCUCCUGUGUCCUUGCAGCAGCUGCAGAUCUCACAGUCGCCCGUAUCCCUCUCGAGCAGACAAAAGCUGGGUCUCACCACCCAGCGCAAGGGUCUCCUCCGAGUGUCCGCAGCCAUCAGGGAGCAGGAAGCUACACUGUAAUCACAGGGCAGGGAGGGAGGGGAAAAUCUUUAUUUUUCUCAACUCGGACGUUGAGAAAUGGCUGCCGCCAUCACAAGCUAUGCAUUUUGUUCAGUGUUUCCAGGGAGCUUGAUGUCUUACUUGGAAAGUGGAUGUGUGUGUGUCUGUCAUGAAAACUUACCAGCAGAAAUCCUCAUUCCUUUGCUACAGAUUUACCAAAAAAUUGUCAAGUCUUUGCAGUGUAGGAGUUUCUUUAGAAUGUAGAGUAUUUUAGAAAAAAACGUCAAUAAACAGUUGAUCUCA